AGAGUAUUGAACUCUCAAUAGGCUCUCUUGGUGCUAACAACGAAUACUCAACGAAAUCACCGGGAGGAUUAGUACAAUGUAUUAGAACAUUGUUACAAGAAGAACGCACAACUUCCGGAAUGAACUUAACGUCGGUUAUAUCCCGUGGUUGGACCUCAUGAAAACCAGGAGAUUGACAUAUGCCGAGAUUUACUCAAAGUAUAUAGAAAAUGAAAUGUAACGGAACAUAAGCCUUUUUAUUUUUUUUUAAUCAUAAAGAGGUAAAAAUUUUACUUUUGACGAAUGAAUAGAACGAUCAAUAGAUAAGAUAAUUAUCUCUGGAAAAAAUGAUGAUGCAAUUUGAUUGUGUUUGGAUUUCUCAUUAUCUUUGUUUGUGGUUACGUUGUUUUAUCACCGCAAACUAAUGAGUGCUGACACUAUGUCAGUUCCAUUAUACAACUAUUUAUGUUGUAUAAUUGGACAUGAAACAGAUGUAAAAACAAGACGAUUAUGUUAUACAAUAUCAGAGUAUCUUUGUCCUACCAAUGCAGUUAUCCCUAGUGGUAGUAAGGCAGAAGGUCUCGAUUUUAAGGGUAGUGAUCAUGACAUAAUGUGUCUGCUGAAUUUUGUGCACGUAUAUGAACACCCAACAGAUAGAAUGUUAAUUGACUCAUUUGUCAUAUCUACAGAACAUACUACACCAGGAUAUGUUCGUUUGUUAUCAGAUGGUUUUGUAACUCCUAUUGUUCGCCAAUGGUGUAUAGGACAGGACAAAAACAUGUUAUUGUUAUCAAGCGAACUUCUAAAACAGAAUGUUUUAUCUUCUUUCCCGGUUCAAUUCUAUAUACAUGGACCUUGUAUAACGGAUCAAAAUGGAAUGACUGAUAGUGCUUUUUGCUUUAGGUGUGAAUCUUGGAUACAACAGGCACAUCCAUGGGUCCUGAGGAAACGUGCAUGGCCUUCUCCAGAGUUGAUUAAUGAAAUAGUUAGCGAUGGUGUUUUGCUUGUGCCUAUUGGCAGUAAAGAUUCUCCUUACGAGGAUACCGAAUGGCGAGUUUCUUUCUCUGUUGCAGAGAAACGGCUCGUUUAUUCAUUUUCACACACACAACUGCUUUGUUACGCAUUACUGAAAAUCUUAUUGAAAGAAGUGAUUAAUUUGCGCAAAAGUUGCAAAGAUUUAUUGUGCUCUUAUUUCAUGAAAACUGUAGUAUUCUGGGUAUCUGAAGAACUUCCUGUGCAUUUUUGGAGACCAGAAAAUUUGAUUUCUUGUUUUAAGCAAGUAAUGAAACGAUUAAUUUUCUUCAUGAAAUUUGAGUUUCUACCUAAUUAUUUUAUAAGCGAGGGAAAUAUAUUAAAAAACAGGUUUAAUGUUGUCCAGUUAUCAAACAUUGUACACUUGUUAACUGAACUAUAUCAUAGAGGGGUUUAUUGUUUCUAUCAGUCCAAAACAGUUUCAAGCUUUUUCCAAACUGACUGUGUCUAUUGGAAUUUUAUAAUAUAUUCUAAAGUAGAUCAGAUUAAUAGCCAGCUAAUACAUCUGUUUUCAAAUGGUUUCUGCAGAAUUGAUCAGUGUAUUAAUACUUUAGAUAGGUUACUGAAAUUGCUGAUCUGGAAAAAACUAAAAUCACACCGAUUUCUAUACUUAACAUUAUUAUCAAUGAUAUGUAAGCAUAUAAGUAAGCGGGGUACAGGCAUGUGGGAAUCAAAGAAUAAAAACUAUUACAAAAGGCAUAAAAAUUAUUUGCCAUAUUUCAUAAUUGGAUUACAGAGUGAUGCGUUGUCUGGAUGGCUUAAUCUGGCCACAUAUUUUUAUUGCAUGAAACAAUACUGGAUGUCAAUAUGUUUAACAGGUUUUACAUUGCGUAAAUGUCAUUUAAACGAAAUAUCAUCGUUUAACUCUUUAAAUGUUGAUUUGAAAUGUAAAUUAAGUAAUAUAGAACAUGAAGCAAUACACAAGGAUGUGAUCAAUGCUUUUCAUGUUUGUAAACGACAUUUCACAGAUGAUGUAAUGCUUUUCGAUUUUUCAUACAUUUUCCCAUUGGAAAUGGAUACUGAAAUUCGAAUAAAAGGGAUAGUUUCUAAACCACCAAUCAUGUAUAGCAUCUUUUUACGUUUCCUAUGUUUACACCACCUUCAUGAACAUACCGAUGUUACAUAUGCGUUACAAGAUCUAUAUGACCUAAGGAACUAUUCGACUACAGAUUCUGACGUUGUUGAUUGGAAUACCAUCAUGGGACAAGCACACUAUAUACUUGGAAAUUUCAGUACUGCAAUUACCUACUUUACAACGGUUGUUGAAUUGGAACAAUUUCUCAAUUCAUUUACAGUUUGGAGACCAUUACGACACACAACAUUUGCAACAUUCAUGAUAAAUGAUUUGAAACAGAAAAUAUAACGAAAGAUUGAAUUGAAAGUCUAUGGCUUUUUAUCUACACACCCUCAAACAGUAUUUAACAUUAAAUCAAAGUGUCGUACAUCAGUAUGCUUUUUCUUAAUGCUCCUCCCUCCUCAAAAUGAUUUAAA